AUGGCGCCUAAUGUAUUUCUAGCCGCGACGGUAUCGGCUUCUACAGCCUAUGAAGGGUACGGCACAGUCUACACGCUUAGUACGCCGUCCAGCGGCAAUUGCAACUUCAUGAGCUGGCCGGACGCUGCCGUCACCAAAUACGCUGCACUCAACGCCGAACAAUGGGAAGAGACCAUGAACUGCGGUCGAUGUGCCGAGGUCUCGUGCACCGACGCGUCGUGUUCGGGUCAGUCCGAGGUCGUGUACAUCAUGGACCAGUGUCCGGGUUGUGCGUACGGCGAUCUGGAUCUGUCUCCGGACGUGUUCGAGAGCAUCACGGGCCAAUCGUACACGAAGCUGAGCAUCGAGUGGAAGUUUGUGGAUUGUCCGAUCUCGAACAACGUACAGUACUGUUUGAAGACGGGUAGCAGUAAGUUCUGGGUGGCGGUGCAACCUACGAACUGUGCGUCCGGUGUGAAAAGCCUGUCGAUCAAUGGCCAAGAGACUUCGGUGAUCGACUCAGCCUACUACUUCCUGAUCGAUGGAAGCGGGGAGAGUGUGGCAGAUCUAAGCUCCAUAAGCAUUUCGAUGACUGGUGUGAACGGUGAGGUACUGGAGGAGACACUGUCUUUGACCGCCGACGAAUGCACCGAAGGAAGGAAGCAGUUCGGCACCAGUGACGUAUCUCAAUCGACAACUUUCGCUGAUACUUCUUCACCCUCAACGUAUAGCUCCACAACGCCCCCCACGUUAUCUCCGACUACUGCGCCGGCUCCAGCACCGACAGCCACCCCGACGCCCACUCCGACGGCCACGUUAAACGCAAAGAGGUACCCGGUUACGUCGAGCAGUGAAAGUUCGGGUUAUACUCCCAGUAGUUCUUCAUCGAAUUCUGCUGACGACGAAGACGUGGGUUACUUUUACCCCAAAAUUGGACAAACGUCGGGAUCGAACUAUGGCCACGAGACGGUGACAGUACCAGAUACCGUGCAGUCUCCCACUUCUCCAAAACCUGAUGACCCCAUUCAGUCAAAUGUCCAAAGCUCCGGAGGGUCCCACUCGACACCUUUGAUGAUUGGAAUGAUCGUCCUGGUGUGUGUUGCAGUGAUAAUUACUGUUGCUUUGGCACUGUACGUACGUCGUCGCAAGAGGCAGAUCGACUCAUACAAGCGUCGUGAGGAACAGGGUACAGCCAUGUCCGACGACGACGUGUCGCCUCAGGCGUCGGACGCGUCGGUCUACGACAUCGUACACAGCCCAACGAUUCACUUUUCCUCGGUGGAGUCAAAGGGGAGCAGAGUAUAAGUAGUAUUGUUAAGGUCAAGUACGGAUAGUUAAAAAAAAGUUAGUUGUUGGGUAGUCUAGCACUCGUAGUUAUAAGCUAGAGACACCAAAAUUUAAGGAUGAUGGUAGCACGUUUCGCGAAAA